GGGGCUAAAUAAUAGGUUCGUAAUCACCUGAUUUGACAUGUUUUAGAUCAGUGUUGAUGUAUACUGUUGCCGGAUAAGGUUGUUCUGUUACUAAACGUUGACAACUGCAGCGACUAAUCGAAGGCCACGUAGUAAAUACUUGUAGUAAAAUCCUAAAAUGUCGACUGAAAAGAAGCGUAAACAAGUGAGAGUUUGGAUGGAUGGAUGUUUUGAUAUGGUUCAUUUUGGUCAUGCGAAUGCUUUGCGACAGGGUAAAGAAAUGGGUGAUUAUUUAGCUGUAGGCGUACAUUCUGAUAGUGAAAUAUCCAAACAUAAAGGACCACCAGUUUAUAACGAACAAGAAAGAUAUAAAAUGGUUCGCGCCAUCAAGUGGGUGGAUGAGGUUAUAGAAGAUGCUCCGUAUGUAACAACGCUAGAAACAAUGGAUCAGUAUGAUAUAGAUUUCUGUGUACAUGGAGAUGAUAUAACAACGACAGCAGAAGGACAAGAUACCUACCAUUUAGUGAAAACGGCUAACAGAUAUAAGGAAUGUAAACGAACACAAGGUGUAUCAACAACAGAUCUAGUGGGCAGAAUGUUACUAGUAACAAAAACACAUCAUCAGAAAGAAGGUGCAGAAAUUGAUAAAGCACAUGUUGGUGCUAUCGGAAAGGCUGAAUCUCAAAUGACGGAGCUAUCGCUUUACACUGAUAUAGCAAAGUCACACAUCAAGAAGUUCUCAGCAGACGACAGUUUUUCAAGAAGCCCUUGGACUGGAUGUUCACAAUUUUUGCCAACAUCUCGGAAAAUUAUCCAGUUCUCAGGUGGAAAAGAUCCCCAACCGGGAGAUAGAAUAGUUUAUGUUGCAGGAGCAUUUGAUCUCUUUCAUCUGGGCCAUUUGGAUUUCCUGGAGAAAGUUGCCGAGCAAGGUGAAUUUGUGAUAGUUGGUUUACAUACAGAUCCUAUAGUAAAUAGAUAUAAAGGUUGUAAUUAUCCCAUAAUGAAUUUACAUGAAAGAGUUUUAAGUGUUCUAGCAUGUAGGUAUGUGUCAGAAGUAGUUAUAGGUGCUCCCUAUUCUGUUACAAAUGAAUUAAUGGACCAUUUUAAGGUUGAUGUUGUUUGUCAUGGCCAAACACCUAUAAUGCCUGAUAUGGAUGGUUCGGAUCCUUAUGCAGAACCAAAACGUCAGGGAAAAUUUAAAAUAAUUGAUAGCAAGAAUUUGUUAACGACACAAAUGAUAAUCGAUAGAAUUAUCAAAAAUAGGUUAGAAUAUGAAUCACGAAAUAAGAAAAAAGAAGCUAAAGAAUUAAAGAUAAUGCAACAUCUUAAAAAUCAAUCAGAACAAUCAAUCUAAAGAGAUCAAUAAUUUUUAACUGGAGAUUUUUAACUGUAAACUAUUAUGCAUGUGUAUUCUUGAACAUUGUUGAACGUUGACAAGGUCUAACCAUAGAGAAUGCAUCCUUUGUGAUUUUAAAGCGCUUCGAUAUAUCUCGGAUUUUUAAUUCUGUAAUUUUAUUCGAAAUAUUUAUGUAUAUUUGUCAGGAAAUUUGGCUUUACCUAUCAAUACUGUUAUCUUGCUUAAAAAAUAGAUUUUUUAUAUUUAGCGUGAGAUAAAUUAGAUAUCAGCACCAAGUAUAUUUGAAUGGCAAAGCAUGUGCUCUUUAUUCUACCCACAAAUACCUGGGUUGUUGAAGAAUUUGUUUCUAAUGAUAGACUUUUUGAAUGAUAUGAAAUUUCCAAUCAGAUUAAAACACAGAUCCUGUUUCGUUUUUAUAGUUCAAAAUUUGGUUUUACUUGUCUUUACUACACUAGGAUCUGAAAGAGUUGUUAUCAUUGAUGUGUUCUGAAUAAUGUGAGCUAUUAGCCAAUGAAACGGUCUGUUAGACGAGCUUUAGGCGUGCUUUGCACGGAACUGUGGGUAAUCCACUAGUAACAUCAAUGCUGAUUGAUUAAUCAAAUGUGUGACAUCAUAGGGUCAAAACCCGCUGGUAUGACCUCUGACACGACCUAUCGCUACAACCGGUCAGAUCUUCAUGUAGUGUAAGCCAUCGAAAGUAAAACAAAAAACAAAACGAAAUAUAGAUCUGUAUUGUAAUCAGAUUGAUGAAAUAUCUAAUGUUCUUUUAGACCCAUUUAUGUCUAUUUUAAGGCUCCAAAGAAUGGAGGAUAUAUACCCUUUAUGUUUCAUCAAACGUGAUCAUCAGUUUCAUCAACCGUGAUCAUCAGUUUCAUUGUAACAUUUCAGUAUCGGAUUAUUUAUCUAGACAUCUAUUGUUUCAUAAUUUUUGUUUUAUCAAAAUAGCAAGUACCCGGUAUGUCAUUGCUGAAAUAUGUUAAAGAUGCGUUAUGUAAGAGCCAAAUCUGUCUAUUGCAGGUCGUUCUUUUGGCUUCAAAUGUUAUAUAAACUAUUAUCUAGCCAUUUAUUCACAUGACAAGCCUAUAAUCAACUCUCUAGACCCUCAGAUGGCCGAGAUUUAAAUGGAUUAGCACACCUGCGAGAUUAAAAAAUUUAACAAUGAUAUGGAUAAUCGAGACUUGCUCUUGAUUGUCCAGUGCCAUUGCUACGAUAAUAAAAAAUCUAUGCUACAUUUUCAAACACUCAUAACUUUGCUCAAAAUAAAGUAAUUUGAAUGAAAUUUUCAAUAUAUUCAUUUUUCAUUAUCUAUUUUUGAACUAUUAUAAUAAGAAGAUCAGCUCUUUAUCUAAAUUUUACAUGAUGCAUCUUUAAUUGAGACAAGAUACUUUAUACUGCACCUCGUGGGUUUUCUCCGGGUCCUCCGAUUUCCUCCCACUGCUAAAGACCCCUACGCGCAAGCGAAUUAUUGAAAUCAAAAUAAACGAUAUGUUAGUCCCGAAAUGACCUAGUUUAUGUCGAGUGGGCGUUAAACCCAAAUUCUCUCUCUCUCACUUUAUACUGCAAUCUGAUGGAUAAUAAAGUUGCUCAAUGUGUUCAUAUUAAGGAUUAUAAAGUCGAUUUUAAAAUAAAAAAAUGUGUAAUUAUUAGAAAGUUAUCGUUAUUUAUUUAGUAUGUUAUCGUAGUACAUUAUAACCACAUGUUUAUUUUAUUGAUUUGUUUUAAAAUCUAAUCUAACACUUGUCUACAUAUCGUCAAGCUAACGCAAAUAAUACCCAAGUUAUUUUUAACACAUUUAAUAAUGAACACUGUUUACAUAUCGUCAUGGUAACGUAAAUAAUGCCCAAGUCAUUUUUAACAUAUUUUAUAAAGAACACAAAACAUUGUGUACAGAAAUUUUAUUUGAAGCCUGAAUCACAUUCUAUAUGAUCAACAGACCAAAUUAGGAUGGCCUCUUGUAACAUUUCUCUCCAAACAGUCAUUCGGGGUUAUUGGGGUUUAAAAUAUAACCAAUUUGACCGUUUAUUACGUCUGGCACCAGACUGUCAUUCGGUCUAAAAUAUAACCAAUUUGGACCGUUGAUUAUGUCUGCCGUAUUUGUUUUCACAAAUGACAUAGUCAAUUUUUGUUUGAGCUUGACGAUAUACAGUAUUCCCUCUGAUUUAUCUAAUUAUAAUUAUUCUGAUAUAUAAUUAUAACAUCUUAAAGCUAUUUUUACUGAUCAGCUUUAGGUCACACCAACUUGAUGUUUUGUUCUUCGAUGUCAUAAUAUAUAAAUAACCACUUGAAUCACAUUAAAAUUUCAAAACUGAAACAUUUUAGAUUAAAAGCUUUUGAACAGUGGAACAAAGUUUUUUUGCUUGUUAAAUUAAUCAUUUUUUCCCGAAGAAAUAAAAAGAAAAAUAUUCACGUUUUCCAGAAGAAACAAAAAUCAGAUUGGUGUGGCAUUAUUUCAAGACCAUUAUUCAUAAUAAAUAAUAAUUUGCAUUCAUAAGAUUUUUACUAAUAAAAUAUGAAUAGAUUGCUGUAUUCUGUUUGUUAUAUCAAAACGUUCUUACAUUCAAUACGAUACAAUUAUAGAUAAACAUGAUUUAUAUUUAUAGUGAUCUGUAUAACAAGCUGGUGGCAAUCGGAUUAAAACACAGAUCCUAU